GUCGGUGUGGUAUUUUAACGUAACUGCAUAUGCCGUAUUCUUCUUGCUGGGCGGUUGGAACAUGAGUUGGGGUAUAGUCUCGAAAGCAUAUGGAGAAAUUCUAAUUGACGAACAAAUAUCGCCUCCAGCAGUGACAUUACCGCAAGGAACAAUUCGUGGUGCAAAGAUGGUCAGUUACCGCAACAAAACGUUCUUUGCUUUCAAUGGAAUCCCGUACGCAAAGCCGCCCAUUGGAGAUCUCAGGUUCAAAGAUCCAAUGCCACCGGACCCUUGGAAUGGGACUAUAGAUUCAAACCAUGAAUCUGAACAAUGUAUUCAAUUUGAACCCCUCAUUUAUGAAGACACAACUGGAAAUGAAGACUGUCUGUAUCUUAACAUCUACACACCCCCGCUCUCCACUAGCAACAACAUCAAGCAGUUGCCGGUAAUGGUGUACAUAUUUGGCGGACGAUUUGAAUUAGGAAACAUUACUUCUACACGAUGCGACCCACGUUUCAUUCUUGACAGAAACGUAAUCCUUGUCGUUCCUAGCUAUCGCCUUGGAGUGCUAGGAUUCCUCACCACGGGAGACGAAGUAUUACCAGGAAAUUAUGGCCUGAAAGACAUGGUUCAGGCUCUCAAAUGGAUUCAGGAUAACAUCCAGUAUUUCGGGGGUGAUGCCAACCGAGUGACUCUAUUUGGGUCAAGUUCGGGUUCAGUUAUGGUUCACCUGUUGACUUUGUCGAACUUGACUGACGGACUCUUCCAUAGGUACAUAUUGCAAAGUGGAACAGCGUUUACGCCCGCUGCUAUGACACCUAGAAGCGUAUCGUCGAAGCGUGCCAUUCGGCUUGGUCAAUAUCUAGCGUGUCCGACGGAUUCAUCAAAUAUGCUUGUUACUUGCUUAAAAGGUAUUAGUGCAUCUAAGCUCGUCAAAAUGACCUCAAUGUUUCAUGAGUGGGGCCAAUACCCAGUCGUCGUGUGGGGCCCAACUAUCGAACCAGACGUUGAAGGGGCCUUACUGACCGAUAGUCCUGCAAACCUCUUGGCUGCUGGAAAAAUUCGCGAUCUGCCUUCGAUCGCCCUUGUCACUCGAGACGAGGGACUUGAAUUGAGCUUACCAUUAUUCGAAAAUCGAGACGUGCUUCAGGAAUUUUUGAACAAUAUUGAUUUCAUUUUACCUGUAAUGAUACAAUACGAAGGCUUGGUUGAAAAUAUGACAGACUUCACUUCGACCUUGAAGUCAUACUACUUAAACGACCUUACUGCCAAUAGAAGUAUACGUAUAUUUCAGAUACUGAGGAACAUUACUCAACUCAUAGGUGAUGCCAUGUUCACAUAUCCAACAUACAGAGUGGUGAAAGAACAGUUGACUAAAGCUAAGAAUCUCCAGUAUUUUUGUUCCUUUGAAUAUCGCGGUAGGUUCAGUUACAGUUAUUAUCACGGUAGGUUCAAUUAUAGUUAUCACGGUGGUAGUCCAGUCAAGUACGGAGUUGCACAUACUGACGAAUUGCUGUAUCUUCUUCCUGGACCAAAGAUUUGGUAUGGACCCACAGAUUGGGAAUAUAGCGAUGCUGAUUGGAAAAUGGUGGACACGAUGGUUCAGCUGUGGACAUCCUUCGCGACUACUGGAGUACCGACGACGUUAGAUUCGGAUGAUUCAACGAUUUGGUCUCCCUUUUCGUCUCGUGAUAAUUAUCUUCGUAUUGGUAAUGGAUCUGCCGUAGUACUUGAAGUUCAGUAUGGUUUCCACAAAGAACGAAUUCAGGUUUGGGACAAAUUGACCAGGGCUAUGACAUUGAAAUAG